AUGUCUGGAGCAAGACAUUGGGAGCAGGACAAGGAUUCCACCAUCUACAUCGGUAAUCUCGAUGAGCGUGUUUCGGAUUCUCUUGUCUGGGAAUUGUUCUUGCAGGCAGGACGGAUUGCGAACGUACAUCUGCCCAAAGAUCGGGUGACUCAAUCUCAUCAAGGCUAUGGUUUUGUUGAAUUCAACUCAGAAGAAGAUGCUGAGUACGCGGCUCGCAUCAUGAACCAAGUCCGUCUUUACGGAAAGCCCAUCCGCGUGAACAAGGCCAGCGCCGACAAACAAAAAUCCGUCGAGGUUGGUGCAGAGCUUUUCAUCGGCAAUCUAGAUCCUAUGGUGGAUGAGAGGAUGCUGUACGAUACCUUCGGCCGUUUCGGCACCCUAGUAGCUGCUCCGAAGAUCGCCCGAGACGAGAAUAACUUGUCUAAAGGAUAUGGCUUUGUCUCAUUCUCCAACUUUGAAGCUUCUGAUGAUGCCAUUGCCAACAUGCACGGCCAAUAUCUUAUGAAUAAGGAGGUUUCAGUUCAGUAUGCUUACAAGAAGGAUGGCAAGGGAGAACGGCACGGUGACCAGGCAGAACGAAUGCUCGCCGCACAAGCAAAAGCUCAUGGAGUUCAGCCGACUCCUGCUACCAUUCCGAUGGGAACUCCCAUGUUUGGUGGCAUUCCUCAAUCUCCUGCCACACCAGCAGGCUUUGGACAACCAAAUGGAAACUUCCAAUCAAUUCCUCCUCCAGUACAAGCAAGGCCGCCGCCGCCGCCAAGUGUGCCUUUAGCUGCUCCUCCUAGUGGUCUUCCUGCUAGACCACCGCCCAGUCAAGCAGGAUACGGUGGUCCGCAGAAUUUCAUGCCACCUGGUUUCAAUCAAAUGCCUGGAUUCCCGCAGCCAAAUGCUGGACCUCCACCCGGCUUUGCCCCUCCGCCUGGUUUUGGCGGCCCACAGGCUGGUUCGAUACCUUCUGCUCCACCCAUUCUUCCUCCAGGGGGUUUCUCGGGUUACGGAAUUCGAAAAUAG